AUGCCCUUCUUUCCGGGAACAACUCUCUCCUUAUCACCUUGGGCAAGUCAAAGGCCUAGUCCGAGGUGCUGGGCUUAUAACGUAACCUGUGUGUCCAGACACGGCUCGAACGACCUCAAGAUGACGAGCCCGCAGUCAACAUCCCCCCCAUCGUGCCAACACAAACAUGUCUGCUCGCUGUGCGCGCGGCGGAAGGUCAAAUGUGACAAAGCCGAACCCUGUUCGAACUGCGUCAAGUCGAAGGCGCAGUGUGUCUACGAAGUCCCUAUCCAGCCUCGGCCGCGCAAGAGGGCCGCCGACGAAGAACUGCUCGCUCGGUUGAGGACUUACGAGGAACUGAUGCGGAAGCACGGCGUCGACUUCGCCACCUAUGCCCAUACAUGGAUCACUACGGGGCCGCAAGGCCAGGUGAAGCAGUGUGACUCUCCCGGCCCGGUCUCUGCGCCGGCUGCGGCCGAGGAUGGUGGCCUACGGAUCCAGGCCGAGGACGAUUCUCCUGCAGAGACAGAACGGUCAGUUUUGUUAUUCCAUGCUCAACGAGCAGGGCACGCGUCUCCGUUUCCCAUGGAUCUGACGUGAAAUGCAGAUGUCUUUGGGCAACUCUUCCCCCAGA